GAAUAGACUUGGAUGAACUGAUGAAAAAAGAUGAGCCACCACUUGAGUUUCCUGAUACUCUUGAAGGAUUUGAAUAUGCUUUUAAUGAAACCCCAAGGAGCAGUUUCCAUGGUGAUGGAGCCAAAGGACAGAGGUGAUUCAUCAAUGGAUUCCAUGGAUUCUGGAGUAGGUUUGGGUCUAACAGAAAUACGGUGGGACGUGGCAAAUUCAAAAUCCUUAAAGUUGUGAGAUGAUGAAGUUUCAAAUUCACCAUGGCUGGCUGGUGGAGGACAGUCAUGACUGGAUGUUGGAGGAGGGGCAAUUAAGGCAUACAAAAACCGGUGAGCCAUUUGUUUUUAACUACCGUGAAGAUUUGCAUAGAUGGAACCAAAAGCGCUACGAAGCUCUUGGAGAGAUCGUUACUAAAUAUAUCUAUGGACUACUGGAAAAGGAAUGCCACUUGAAAAAAGUAACUCUCCCAAUAGAUGCUUCUGAGAGUGAGCCAAAGAGUUUUAUCUUUAUGAGUGAAGAUGCAAUGACGAAUCCAGAUAAACUGAUAGUUCUAAUUCAUGGUAGUGGUGUUGUCAGGGCAGGUCAGUGGGCUAGAAGACUUAUUAUUAAUGAAGAUCUGGACAGUGGUACACAGAUACCGUAUAUUAAGAGAGCUAUUGAGGAAGGCUAUGGAGUAAUAGUACUGAAUCCCAAUGAGAACUAUAUUGAAGUAGAAAAGACAAAAGCCCAAGUACAGCAGUCUUCUGAUAGCUCAGAUGAACCUGCAGAAAAGAGAGAAAGAAAAGAUAAAAUCCAAAAGGAAACAAAGAAGCGACGUGACUUCUACGAAAAGUAUCGGAACCCGCAAAAAGAAAAAGAAACUGUGCAGUUGUAUAUCAGAGAUAAUGGCUCUCCUGAGGAACAUGCAAUUUAUGUGUGGGACCACUUUAUUGCUCAGUCAGCAGCUGAGAACAUAUUUUUUGUUGCUCACAGUUAUGGUGGACUUGCAUUCGUAGAGUUGAUGAUUCAACGAGAAGCAGAAGUAAAGAAUAAGGUAACUGCUGUGGCGUUGACAGACUCUGUUCACAAUGUGUGGCAUCAAGAAGCUGGCAAAACUGUUCGAGAAUGGAUGCGAGAGAACUGUUGCAACUGGGUGUCUAGUUCAGAACCACUAGAUACAUCCGUAGAAUCCAUGUUGCCAGACUGCCCACGUGUCUCUGCAGGUACGGAGAGGCACGAGCUCACGUCCUGGAAGAGUUUCCCAUCCAUUUUCAAGUUCUUCAGUGAAGCAAUAGAGGCCAAGACCAGCUCGGUGAAGCCGGCCCCGACCCGGCGCUCCAACAGAAUCAGAUAUGAAGAGUUUUAAGAUGCGAGAGGCAUCUCGUCGCCGGCUUGUCUUCUGCAAGCAGUCUCCCAGCCCCUCAUUAGAUUGUUUUCUUCCUAGAGCACAGGGUCGUGAUGUAUACAUCUAAAUAGCGUUUUGCAUUAUUUCUAGAUGAGUGCAACUGUCAAAGCAAUAUGGGUUCACUGGUUGUGCUUCCUGUGGGCUGUAGCUUGGAUUUCGUGCUGCCCAUCAGUGCGCAGAUUAAGGCUGACAGCAGUACUGCACAGUGCAGCAUGGUGCAGCUCUAAUUGCCCUGACAUAGCCCUGCACCGAGCUGAUGCCAGAGUUUAACAGCUUCUUCGUGGUCCUAUCGCCUGUAGGAUUUUGGCUGCUUCCUUCCAGGGGGUCACUACUUAUUUUUUAUGAUGAUUUGGACAGGAGCAAACUUGGGGCUUUAUGCGUUAAAGAAAAAAAAAACAAACCAAAAAACCCCCAACCAAUAAUGAUUGCUUUUAAAUGAUUUAUCCAGGUAGAUUUUCCCCCUCUCCCAUUCUUUUCCUUUUUCCUCCCCCCCAAAAAAUAGCCUGUAGCCUUUUUAAAAGGCUUAAGACACAUUUUUAACAAUCUAAUGUUCUUGUUUGUGCUUUUAUAGGGUUUAUUUUUAAAGCCACAGUGACUCAAUUGAAAUGAAAAAAGAGGGGGGAAAACACAGCACAGAGAUGAUGAAGUAGCCUCUGGAAUUUAAAGAUAUAUUGUUCUUUGUACCACUAACAGUCUCUUUUUUCCCCUUUUCCUUCUGACACCAGGGGAGAGACUCUGCAUAAAGUAGCUCCUAUGAAAUAUCAAAUUAAUGAACAGCUAUUUCAGUGGAGGAACGUCCCUGAAUUUAAAAUCAGGUUGCCAAUAAAUCUGCACGUUACAAAAGAGAAGGACUACUUUCAAAGCAGCCCCUUCCGAUGCUGUUUCUGCUCAAAUCUUAGGCUCGGGGCUGUUAACUUGCCCAUUUGCAGAGGGAGUUUGCAACCCCUGAUCCGUUUGCAGUGGCAAACUGUGCUGCUUGAUUUAGGAGCAGUUGUAACAUGGAGUAAAAACCUGCAUUUUAAAAUUGGCUUGCAGAACUCUGUUUUGCUAGAUUGAUUUUUUUUAUAUUUUUAUUUUGACAAAGCAGCGUGUGAAUUAGUGAGAGACACAAUUUUGACAUUUUGAACGAUAAGAAACUUUCCACGCAGUCACCUUUUCCUUCUCUAGGACCAGGCGGUAACAACUUUCUUCCUGUGCUGCUGAUCAGAAGAGCCCUGUUGGCCCAAAUGUCUGGGAGAGUCCCUUUGUAUACAUUGUUUCUUCUCCUGGAUCAGUGGCCUUCUUUGUAGAUCUCCACUUGCUUAUGAAAGUCCUACCUUAAAAUGCCAGUGGCUUUUUAUUAUUAUUAUGUUGCCAAUUCAGCAACGGUCUGGACCACACUGUGAAACCGGAUAGCAAAAAAACCAAAAAAAAAACAAGUCACAAGUUAAUGAUUUCUGCUGAUUAUUUUUAAUUUAGAGACUUCAGUGUUCAUAUUCGGAUUUUGUAAAGGUUUGUAAUGCCUUGUUCUCCUGUAAUUCUCCCGCUUUUAAAUGCAGCCAGGCCUAAAAUCCAUCUGGUACCCCUUCAAGUGUUUGCAAGGAAAAAAAAAUUAAGAGGAAGAAGGAAGUUCCUGCCUUAUAUGCUCAUCCUGAAGUGCACAGCCAGUUCCACAGCACUGAAAUCCUCAGAAAAUCAUUGAAAUUCCAGACCUCAGAGGGAAGUGUUUUUAGGAGCUGAUGUCAGCAACUUUUAACUGCUAAUGUCUGAUAAGCAACAAUACGUGCCUGAUACCGUGCCUGGCGUGCAAGGACACUAAUUAGUUCUUAGAGUUUUGAUGACGCUAAAUUGAAGUGAUCUUUUCUUCAGUGCCCGUGGCUGCCUCGCCUCUGAUGCUGUUAGAGCAGGAGGCGAAAGGAGACCAAAAUCAAAACGGUACUUCACCCCACUGCCGGGUGUCUUCAAGCCCAGGGAAGUCAGCAUCUGCCACAUGGGUUUGUAAUAUUGACCCCUUUCAGAUGUAAUCCUCCCCAUUGCAGAGCUGCAGGGAGGAAUCCAGCCCGGGGGGAGGGCGUUGCUGUCACAAUACAAAGUGGGUUUACUUUUCUUCUCUCUCUUUUUUUUUUUGUUUUAAGUGGUCACUGUGGCUUUGGGUGCGUUUUGGCCAGAGCAACCGCAGCGGUCGCCGCGCCCCAGCCCUUCGCAGUGGCAGGAGAGAUCCUUGCGGGUCUUUCCAUUUUCCUCGCGCCCUGGUCCCCUGCCAAGGCGGCUGGGACACGCCGAGGACAUGCACCAGCCCCUGCCGGGGACCUGCAGCCCUCUCCGCACCUCUUUCCCCCGCAACCUUUGCUUGUAACAAGAGUCCAUCACUGUCAAGUUGCCCGCGAGCGCUCUGCCGGCUCCUCCCAAGCCCUGCCUGCCUGGGUCUUCAUCUCUCCCUCUUCUAGGUGGCCCUUUACACAUGUGAUCCCUGGGGCAGAGCCCAGCUGGGGGAGGAGGGGGUCCUGCGGGCUCCAGGGCUUCCCCGCCUGCGACUGCCCAGGCUCCUCCACCUGUUGAGCCGGGGGCGGUCGCGGAGCUGUAAUGCUGCUCCCUUCCCUCCUCGCCAAGGAGCUGGCGGUCCCGGCCUCCUGUCCGCUCGGGACGGGCAGGCCAGCCGCCCCGAUAUCUGUGCUGUGCCCCCUCCACACGGGUUUGCAUCGCUGGCUUUGCAUGUCACAUUUGAGCUCUGUGCUUGGGGAAGGGGGUGCGGGGCGGGCGGGAGAGGUCCUGCAACUGACGCGCUUUCCGCUCCGGGCGCGCGUCGGGGGUCGCCAAGGUGCCAAAUAUCACCAGAUCGAUCUAUUUUUUUAUGUUUUCACGAAAAAAAAAAAAAACACUGUAAAAAAAAAAAAAGAUUUGUACGGUAAGAUUUGCCCUUUUUCAAGUCCCUUUCUGGUGCCCUGGCCCGGCUUGUUUUAUUGCUUCUGUAAAGAGCUGCAAAGCACAGGGAGUUCUUAUGGACUGUA